AUGUCAAGAAAAUCGAAACUGGAUAGUGACAAGGUAUCUGACAUCUUUCAACCAGACGAAAAAGCUUCGAAAUCAAUGACUGAGACGAAUAUUACCUGCAAAAAGGAAAUACCAAAAUAUGUCAGACGACAAGCUGAGGCAACGGAGACAAAUGAGCCACAAAAAACAGACCCAUUAGAAAUAACUAAUAGGAAGGAAAGGGUUGCUAUGAGUGCCGUCUAUCAGUCAGAAAUCAGAGGGAAUGCUUUUAAAUCAUUGGAAAUUACUGAACAAAAGGUCAGUGCGAAGGAUGUUACUGUGACUGAUAUCAGGAAACUGACGAUAGAUGAAAAAGUUAUUCCGAAAGAAUCUUUGGGACGUUCUGAACAAAAGGUAACGUUAGACAAUAACGUUGUGGGUGACAUCAGUGAAGCAUCAGGCAAGGAAAAAUGCAUUCAAAAAGAGAAACUACUGAUAACUGCUGAUCAGGAUGUAAUUUCUUCAGACGGAUGUGGAUCUUUUAGCAACAAAAAAUUGGACACAGCUGAAACUACUUCUUGCAUAAAUUCAAAAGCAAAUGUAACAGGGGUACUCCUUGACCCAUCAAAUUGUGGAAGCGCCAAGAAACCCGGAAGCAGUGAAGUUUUGGUAGAAGUAUCAAUCGUAUUAAUAAGUGGUGAACUAAAAGUUCGAAUCAGACCGAAGCAAAUUGCAGAACGAAUUCUAAAAAUGAAUUCAGAAAGCGAAACUGAUAGCAGUGUUAGUGAGAUCGAUUUCGUGGUUUUGAAUAAAGAAGAUCAAGAAAAGCGGAAGAUUGAGAGCAGUGAAGGAAAUAAAGAGAGAUGGGAAGUAACGUUGAAUCCAGAACAAUCACAAGGAGGAAAAGUCCUUAUGGAACCGAAGAUUAAGGGAAGAAAUGAGCAGCUAUUGAGGGAUGCGUAUCAAUCUUCAGAUGAUGUAAUUACAGCUAUCCAAACGAUGAACAAACCGGGAAGAACAGUUUCUUCCAGUAUUAGCAAUUUGGAAGUAAUUAGUGUUAUUACGGAAAUUAUAGAUUUCACAUAUAGGAAGGAACACAGGACCAUGUUCAAAAGCAUUAAGGAUUUGAGGCACUAUAUUGGAAUUAAAUUUCUUAGCAAUCGUUAUUAUUUCUCGCUUAAGAAUGUUUUUGAUAUCGGAUUGAAUAUUAACAAUUCGGCAGAAGCGGAGUUUGAACUUGUAAAAGCAUUAUAUGAGAAUGUUGUUCGUGCCGUUCUUUUAUACGCUCGCAUUAAUGGCUUCCUUCUACUUCGAUGCAUAAUUGACAAUCCAACCUUUAAUACGACCAUAUAUGAGAAGGAUGAUGUCAUACGCGAAGUGCGUUUUUUAAAAUCAGUUUAUAAUGAAGCAAGAAAUUCCACAUAUUUACAACGACAAAGAGGUCGGAGAGAAUUUAUCUCCUGUAGUUUUCUUUUCGAUAUAGUUAAAUUCAUCAAGAGAAACGAAGUUUAUAAUCUUCUUGAGAAGGGAGUUGUUAAAACAAUCGAGUCAUAUAAUUUUUUCGAUCUGAAUUUAUUCCUGGUUACGCCGAACGAUGUUGAGAAGCUAUACGAAACGGAUUUAGCAAUUAUUACUCAUUUUGAUUUGCUGAUCGAUCACCGCUUCUUCACAUCAUCUUUGCGAACAGCUCAACGGACGAUGGAAACAAAACCACUGGUUGUGAAAUAUGCCAACAUUCGAAUACAAUUAUCGUUUUUCAAGUUACUCAUCCAACAUAUCAAAGCUCUUAAUAUGGAAAAUCUCGAUAAGUUAACUGAUCUGAAGCUAUUUUCUGAAGAAGAUCGAAAGGAUCCUUGUUGCUACAACAUACUUCAGGCUCAAGAAAUGAUUAGGAAUGAACAUAAUAUCUGGAAAGGAGCUGACAAGCUUGCACAGAAGCUAUGCUGUCAGUUGAUCUUUUAUUGUGAGAGUGAUUGGUUCUGGAGUGAAGUCAUAGGAAUCAUAAAUGCAGAAAGAAGGCUGCCAACUUUAUUAUUAAAGGCUUUCCGUUUACUUCCAACAGUAACUGAGUAUUUAGUAGGACGGAGACAACCGAAAAAUAACACUUCGCUAAAUUUGUACUGUUUUAUAAUGGAAUUUCUAAUGGUUGUCCCAUACAGGGAAUUUAUACAUCGUCGCUAUGAUUCUUUCAUUGCCCAUCUUUGCAUGGAUCAAGAGUCAUGUAGCAGCAUCUUGAAUCCGGCCACUGUUAUUAAUCGAAUACUAAUCCCAAACUUAAAGAGGCCAAUACGUAAAAUUUGUGCUGCGAUUACAAUCGGAAGGCUACUGGAUUCGCGUCACGUGAACAUAUCUUGGUCAUUCGAUUACACUGAGUACAAACAUUGUUACAAUGAUGACAAUAUAACAACUCAAACUGGGGAAAAAGUGGAACUGAUUCAAUUAAUUGGAGCAUUUUAUUUGCAGUAUACCUUUCCACAUCGUAAUGCAGUCCGUGGCUCUCGUUACUUCUACAUAGAUUUAGUUCUUUCGAGGUUGGAAAGUCGUUUAACUCGUCUAAUUACAAAAAAUUGUUUUACUGAAAAUGCGCUUAAAUAUUUGGAUGAAUUAGUUGUUAAAAAGGAAUUUCCUUGGCAAGCGGAUUACUAUUUAUCGAAAAUAUUGCUUCGUAAAUUACUUGCCUCAAGAGAAGUUAGCAUACCAGAGAGACCGGUGGAUGAAACAGAUGAGCGGGCACGGAUUGAAUGGGUUGCAAAAUUGUUACCUAUUACUUACGCUGGUAUCAAGCCGAAACCAUUUUUUAGUUUAGCAUUUCUGAUUGAUGGUUAUGUUAAUAAUUUGGAUUUGGAAAGCGCUUUUGUUCUACAUUUCAACGAUAUCCCAGAAUUUUAUUUCAUUGAAUUUCUGGUUCUUUUCAAAAUUUUCAUGCGUUCAAAUAGAAAUAAUCGAAUCACGAGCUUAUGCAAACACAAUCUCGGGAGAUACGGUAAUAAAUAUGAUAGAAGCCUGCGAGAAAUGAUUAAAUGGAUAUUUCGUCUCAUAAAUCGAGUCCAGAAAUCAGGGCAAGUGAAUGAGGAAGCAGUACUUGAUGCGAAACAUCGUGUUUUACAGUGGGCAGAAGCUUACGUAGCAAAUUCUAAAGUGCUCGGGACCGAUGACGCGAAAGCAAUGUUAUGUUUAUUAAGAUGGAAGGAUGAACCCGGUCUAAAAGAUGAUGAGCUAGAACGAGGAAUGAAUCGAUUGUUUUUCGAAGUUCAUCAAAAAUGCGUGAUACGGCCGAAUGAUCCAAUUCUUGAAGUGAUGGAAAAAUGGAUUCCCUGUGGAAAAAGUAUAGAAGAAAUAGAAGAGUAUUUGAAUCAUCUUCCUCCAUCUCGCGCAUCUGAAGUGAAAGUGUAUAAGCCAACCCGAUUAUUGCAGUACAAACGGGUCCGUCAUGAUGAACAAACGCCAUGGGAGCGAUGCCAAAUGAAUAAGUUUUUGAAUGAAACUGCUGACUAUCAUUGCUGUGGAGGUGCCAGCAGGAUGCGGAAUAGGCCAACAUCGGGACCAGGUAUGUUUGGUUACGCACGGCCAAUGUAUGUGUGGAGUAUCGGUGGUGUAAAACUGAUGCCAUUUUCGGCCCUGAAGAAUAAAUAUGAAGAUGUGCCCUCAGAUGUAUCAAAACUAAACAGAAAAAAAAGACUUCCAUUCGAUUUACGAGCAGAAGUUGGAAGCAUAUGGCAAGAUACUCCAUCUGCACUUCAUAAUUCUCAUUCUCGACCACGAAAAAGAAAUACUUCCAGCCAAUCAGUGAAUCUUCCGGUAUCGCGUGAUCGUAACAAUGAAAUAUUUCGAAUGGAAAUACCAUAUGAUCCAUUUGUUGUCAUGCCAAUUGAUGCUUUCGAUCUUGAACUGGAUUUUGGUGCCAGUGCAGCUAAUUUUAAGGGUACUAUCGAUAUGCGGCGCUCUUACUCGCUUCCAUGCGAUUUGUCAAAUUUAAAUUUGCGGACCAAGAAAAUAGUACCCAGAAGGUUAGCACGGAAAGAAAAGUCCAAGCAAUGGCAACAAAGAACGAAAAAAAGAACUGCUAAUUUAAAGGAAAACGUUCCGAUUAGACGUUCUGAUUCGGUGGGAAAAUACGUCAAGAAGGAACGUACAGUGUUCCAUCCAUUUCUCGAAAAUAUUGGAUCAUGUACCAUUUGCGGAUUAACGGAUCACACUGAAGAUUUCUGUCCAGACACGCCAAAUUAUUCAAAUCUCGUGAAAAGACUGUUGCCAGUGACAUAUAAAUGGACGAUCAAAAAGGAAAAGGCAUUCGAGAAUUUUCAUCGUCAAGAUUCCUGGGGAUCCUUUGGCGAUGAAUAUCAUUGA